AUGGGGGACCUGUUUAUGCUCUGGGUGGCUGUGGGCAUAUGCUGUGCCACCCUCAGUUCCUCUGCCUGGUCAGUGAACAAUUUCCUGAUGACAGGUCCCAAGGCCUAUCUGACCUAUACCACCAGCGUGGCCCUGGGGGCCCAGAGUGGCGUUGAGGAAUGUAAGUUCCAGUUUGCUUGGGAACGCUGGAACUGCCCUGAAAAUGCUCUCCAGCUCUCCACUCACAACAGGCUAAGAAGUGCCACUAGGGAGACUUCCUUCAUUCAUGCGAUCAGCUCUGCUGGGGUCAUGUACACCAUUACCAAGAAUUGUAGCAUGGGAGACUUUGAAAAUUGUGGCUGUGACGAGUCAAAAAAUGGAAAAACAGGAGGCCACGGCUGGAUCUGGGGAGGCUGCAGCGACAAUGUGGAAUUUGGAGAAAGAAUCUCCAAACUCUUUGUGGACAGCCUGGAGAAGGGGAAGGAUGCCAGAGCCCUGAUGAAUCUUCACAACAACAGGGCAGGCAGGCUGGCAGUGAGAGCCACCAUGAAGAGGACCUGCAAAUGUCAUGGCAUCUCGGGGAGCUGCAGCAUCCAGACAUGCUGGCUGCAGCUGGCUGACUUCCGGGAGAUGGGAGAUUACCUGAAGGCCAAGUAUGACCGGGCACUGAAAAUUGAGAUGGAUAAGCCGAGGCUAAGGGCUGGGAACAGUGCUGAGGUCCGCUGGGCACCCACCGAGGCAUUCCUUCCUAGUGCAGAGGCUGAGCUGAUCUUCUUGGAGGAGUCGCCAGAUUACUGUACCCGCAAUUCCAGCCUCGGCGUCUAUGGCACAGAGGGUCGAGAGUGCCUGCAGAAUAGCCACAACACAUCCAGGUGGGAGCAGCACAGCUGUGGGCGCCUCUGUACCGAGUGUGGUCUGCAGGUAGAAGAGAGGAGAACAGAGGCCAUCAGCAGCUGUAACUGCAAAUUCCAGUGGUGCUGCACAGUGAAGUGCGACCAGUGUAGGCAUGUAGUGAACAAGUACUACUGCACACGCCCCCCAGACGGUGCCCAGUCCCGAAGCAAGGGCAGUGCCCGAUAG